GUAAUCAGAACAAACACUGAGGGACUGCUCCCUUUGCCAUUGACCGCUCUGCGCCAGAAGCCACGCAGACCCGUUUCAGGUGCACCCAGUUCCUCUCCUUCUCCACCACUCCUGCUGCCAUGGCUGUCCCGUGCACCGCUGCCGCCGUCCUCAGCCUGCUCUCGCUGACCGCAGCUGCCCCGUCCGGCUGCGAGGACGCGCUCACGCCCCUGGAGACGGUCAACCAAUCUCAGAUUUUCGGGAAGUGGUUUCUUCAUGCAGUCAGUUCAAACAACAAGGAAUUUCAGUCCCUUGCUGGGGGUCUGAAAAGCUUCUGGAUGGAGCUGCAGCCGGGCCCUGAAAAUCACACGACCCUCCUGAAGACCGCGACUCAGGGAAACGAGUCCUGUGAUAUUUCCACGUCCACCAUCACCAGCACCACACUCUUCGGUUUCAAAAUUGGCCACGAUAUGAAGCUGCAGCUUACCCGUCCUACCUGCCUGUUUAUCCUGACCAACCACACUGUGGCUGAAAAACCUGUCAUCUUACUAUACAUCUACGGAAGAACGCAGAAGCUGGGCCACUCGCACAUGGACACGUUCAGGAGGCGUACGGACUGUCUGGGCCUCGAAUUCUCUCUGACCCUGGACCCCGAGAAAGAUGUGUGUCCUGAAAAGGAGGACAAGGUGCCCACAUCUCCACCUGCCUGCGAGGAUCUGUUUGCUGUGCUGCACUCAGUGGACCGUGCGCAGAUAUUUGGGAAAUGGUUCCUGAUUGGUGCAGCGAGCAACUACUCGUCCACCUCGCAGAACUAUACAUCGUCUCAGGCAAACGUAGACAGCAUCUGGAUAAAGCUGUCGCCGACCUCUCACAAUGACACCAUCCUCCUCGAAUACGGGAGCAGGCAGCAUGGGUCCUGUUGGACAUUCUCUCAGAAGCAUAAAAUCACCAGCCACAUUAUCGCAUACGGCCCCGUCACAGCGAUGGAGCUGCUCAGCUGCCCCAACUGCCUGCUCCUCAGGGUCAAACACAGCACGGAGGAGCAGACGGUCCAGCAUCUGCAGAUAUGGGGAAGAACCAGGACCCUGCCUGAUUCUGUCAUGGACACGUUCAGGAGACAAGUGAACUGCCUGGACCUGGGACUCCAAGAGUUCAUGGACCCCGAGAAAGAUGUGUGUCCCGAAAAGGAGAUCUCCUCAACCAAAUAAGACCUCAACACACACCAGCAGUCCAAGAGCGACUGAUGAUGUAUCUUGAAAACGCAUGUCAGUUAUACAAGAGUGAACCAGUAGUGUUAGUGUUAACAGGUUAAAACAGUACCCCACUUCUCAGCUGCUAAUGCCGGAGGUAAGCAAAGGUGCGCAGUCCAGAAAAAAGGACAUUUUACUCAUUUACUCAGCUGGGUAAUUUUUACUGUAUCUGUUCAGGGUAAGUACCUUGACUGACCGAUUUCAAAAAAAGAGUACUCCUGUGUGACAUUCUUACUGACCAUUACUCCUUGUGUCAUUAGCACAUUAACUGAAAUUUAACGUGUUCAUUAAUCAAUUCAAACUGAAAUUUAUUAAUUAAAUACAUUUGUAAAUGUUCUACGACCCAUUAUAACAGUCACCGGUGACACUAAAGCACCUUUCAUUCG